AUGAGCUUGAAUAGUGUAAAUGCCAAACUCAGGCCGCUAGUCCAGCGUGCCAUGAAAACUCCCGCCUCAAGAUCUAUGACAGUCUUGUCCAAGGAGAGUGGUGAGGAAUACAAGAAAUUGAACUACACAAAUCGAAUGAAGCAAACUGGGCGUCCCGUGUCUCCCCAUGUCACAAUCUACACCUUCCCCGUCACUGCUAUUUCCUCCAUUACCAACCGCGUCACCGGAGUUGCCAUGGCACUCGGUGCUGCUGGUCUUGGAACGGUCGAGAUUUUGGGCGGUUCGGGUACAGCCUUGUCCUUGAUGGAAACCAUUGGAUCUCAGGGCUUCUUGAUUGCUGCCCCUGCCAAAUUUGCAGUGGCAUUUCCCGUCGUAUACCAUUACAGCGGCGCACUUCGACAUUUCGCUUGGGAUUACAAACCAGAUAUGUUGACUAACGUCGAUGCUGAAAAGUCAUCUUGGGCUUUGAUUGGAGGUGCCACUGUCGUCAGUGGAAUCGCUAUGUUCCUAUAA